ACCAAGCUCGCGACGCGUGACAGCGUUGAAAUGGCGAUGAAGUACGCGGGGUAUUCGGAUGACUACCAAUGGCAUUACUUCAAGGUAAGUUUCAGGGUGAGAAAUCGGGUACCUGCGCUGAUGUAACGUGAGAUAGAAAAUUACCUUCGACGAGGCUGGACAGUUACGGGAGAGGAAUUUCCACAAGUGGGCACACGUCCCUCCCAACCAGAAGCAUGCAUUUCUCGAUGUCGUAAAUGCACGUUUGAGGGCCGGAGGUCUACCUGAUGCAGACCAUCAACUCCUCGGCUGGCGUAUGGAGAAGCUCAUGCGCGGGUUCAAACGUAAGUGAGGACACCGUGUUGAAUGCAUCCACUAAACCGUGUAGAAGCAAGUCCUCAGAGGCAGGGAACGACUACGACUCCUUUCACAAACAAUCCACCCACUCCACCUGUAGCACUGGCAGCACCGGUAGCACCAGCCAGGCUGCCAUUUGAUCCCGUCAGAGAUGUGCGCCACGAGCCCCAGACGAUCUUCCCUAAGACGCAUGGGGAACAGACACUUGGUGGAGACUACGAGUACAUAACAUCGAAUACGUUUGGUGCCGUCGAUUAUGACAGACUAGUGUCAUGGAAGGCAAGCCCCGGGAUCAUUCACAUCUGUGGCUCAGCAGUACAUUCUAUAAGAACGUCGCAGGAUGAGGAGAAUCAACUUUUCCCUGCCGGAUUCCGAUUGAUUGUGAGCUAUACUAUGCUCAAGUUGAUUAGGAAAUGAGGAUACCGAGAUAUAGAGGCUGUCAUGCAACAGCGGCGUGCUGAUUCUGUAGAUCCGGCCUAUCUGUGCCAAGGUCACAAGAACGAGAUAGCGGGGAGAACGCAACAACAUCAUAUACCCAAUUUUACACACAGGUCCAAGUCACACUGUGCUGAUAUACGUACCUACAUAAACGUUUAGGGUCUGACGUCGUUUCACAUUUUUAUGGGAAAGAAUAUUCUGACAUACUAGAAUGAGCUGAGGACUUUCGGAGGUAACUUUAAUAGCGAAACUUGCCAGAUGGCUACGCUUACAUAUAUCACGACCCUACUCAUGAGUAUCGAUGUUAGGAAUUAGUUAUCUAACCGACCCAUCUACCUAGUAAUGUGCGUUACCUACCAACCAUUUCAGACAGAAGCAAGUACCCCUCAUCGGCAUGUAGUGAUUUCUUGACUAU